AUGCAUCUGGUGUUCUGCGCUCUGUUCAUGCCUCUGAUUGCUGCUGAGCAAUGCACCAAUGGAGUGAAAGUCAGCCUCACCGUCCUGAACAGAACGGUAGAAAAAAGCCCUGUGGGGAUACAAGUCCCAGGCAAAGAAGGCAGCCUCAAAAGAAAAAAACGGCAGACUGACCGCCACAGUGAGGUGUUCGAUGACACAAGCCUGCAAUGGAUUGAGUUCCAAGGAUCUAUCCCUGAUGGAGCUGUGUCGUUCUGGAACAAUCAUGCCAAAAGGAAUGAAUAUCCCUGCUCUACACAAGGUUGUCAAGCUGGAUUCUACAAUCCAGAUCUUGGCUCCUUUUGUUUCUACCCUCUUGCAGGGAAACAAGACAAGACACCUCGUUUCUGGCUUCUGGUGAAUGAAAAUAAUCUAGAAUUAUUGAAAUGGCACAGUGAGCCAUUGGAUGACUUUCCGUCCAAUUCUAUAGACACCUGCCCAGGAGAAGGAUUUUAUGUAGCCAAAAAUAAAUACGGCAUUGGGGCGGUUGUCCGACAGAAUAACAGUUUCCUUAUAGGAAUUGAUGGUACCGAGUACUCUUACAAAUCAUAUGAAGUCCUCAUCAUUAAUAAAGACUAUAAGUCCCAGAAAAUCUCCCACGUCCACUACUUUACAGAGCAGGGAACAUACAAGAACAAGGCCGUGAUCUUAAAAAUCAUCAAAGCCUUUAACCACAACUGUGAUGUAGUGAAAAAGAAAGUCUCCUUGACGAAGGAAGUCGCUUUGGAAAAUCACUGGGAUUUUAACAAGUCGCUCUCGCUGGGUGUAAGCUUUACCCUGUCAGCAGGGGUACCUAGAAUCUUGGCAGGGAGUUGGUGCAUUUCUGGGGAGGCAACCUUAGGCUGGAGUGAUGGUUUCAGUAAGACCGAAACAGACAAAUAUUCCAUUGAAGUAGAAACCGAAGUCCAACCCAACUUCGAGUGUGAAGUGCAAAUGGAAGGCAUCAAAAUGAGCGCAGAGAUUCCCUUCAGCGCCUCGGUGGUUCGCUCCUACAAAAAUGGGGCAAGACGGAGCGCCACUGUGUAUGGAGUCAGCCGAAAUUCGGUGGUGGAACAAAUCAAUGCCAUCAUAAAGCGGUGUCAGCCCAUCCCAGAUGCAAUUCCCUGUAAUUGA